AUGACGCCUGGGACCACGUCGUGGACGUCCGAAGAAGCGGAGCUUGCCGUCCUAGAGUCGGCUUAUUCACAUCUAGAUGCAUUAGACCAAAUUGCUCUGGAACAAGAGUCCGCUCAACGUGAGGCUUUAGCUGCAUUAGAGGCCGAACGACGUUCGAUUGAAGAGGCGCUGCGUCAGCUGGAUGUGCAUGAUCGUCAAGAGGCACAGAACCGCGUUCUUGUAGUAGGACCUAUGGAAUCCAAGACGUACUAUCCCAUGCCACUACUACGAGAGGCGGACUUGCAGGCCAUGCCGCUUCUCCAUACUCAUGCGAUGCAUCGACGACAGGUUUGCCACCUUCUUUCCUCUCCACCGUGGAGUGCUCGCGACACUGAAUGUCUUCAUAUGGCCAUGAAUAACGAGCGCACACGGCAGGCUAUGCUUCACAAUGACCAUUCCACCCUGGACUGGACGCAGAUUGCCAUGAGCGUGCCAUUCCAUACACCGACCGAUUGCGAAACACGAUGGCGCUUUUUUGAGAAUCCUUUGUUGAACCAAGCCAAACCCAGUGCGACUGAGAAAAGGGACAUUAUCACGCUAGUACAGAGAUCUGCAUCGCCACUAUGGGAAGAUAUCGCUGCGACAUUGCAACCUGGUCGUACAGGCUAUUUGGCGUUAGAAGUAUACCAACGCAGUGCCAAGCCCAGCAUUGAAUGGACGAAGGAGCGUGAUGAUGCGCUGCUAAAAGCUGUGCGUGAACUCGGGCCGGAUUGGAAGGCAGUGGCUGCGCGUCUUGGAUACCCACUUGCGUGCGCUACAUUGUGCCAUCGACGCCACAACAAACUGAAGAGCUCAGCGGUGGUAAUGGGUCGUUGGAGCCCCGAGGAAGACGCUGCAUUGCGAGCAGCUGUCGCCCAGUUUGGAUGCGAUUGGAAGCGUGUAGAGAUUUGCGUGCAAGGCCGUACAGGACAGCAGUGCCGAGAGCGAUGGGUCGGCCGACUCGCCAACAUGCCAGAGGGCGUCACGCAAGCCGUUCGACGUGCCUGGUCGAAAGAAGAGGACGAUCGGCUGCGUGCGUGUGUACAUACAUGCAAGACGUGGGUCCAGGUCGCAGAAUAG